AUGGCACUGCCUGCGUGUGCAGCCCCGGCGCUCGGGCCGCCGCUGCAACCGGAGCAAGGAGCGCCCGCCCGCACCACCUGUCCCCGCCGGCAUUCCAGAGUAGAGGCCGAAUUGGCAGCCAGCCGGCCCGGGUCGGUCGCCGCCUCAGUCCGUGCGAGCCCUCCUAGGGGUGUGUCUCACGGAUUCAACUGCCGGCCGCUCCAGGACGAGCCCCUAAAAGCGUCUUCCUCCCUGGCGGGAGCUGUGCGCGCCCCGCUUUUCGCGCUGCUGCCCCGAGGCCGCCGCAGGCGGAUGCACGACCUCAGGCGACGCUGGGACCUGGGCUCCCUCUGCCGGGCCCUGCUCACUCGGGGCCUGGCCGCCCUGGGCCACUCGCUGAAGCACGUGCUGGGUGCGAUCUUCUCCAAGAUUUUCGGUCCCCUGGCCAGCGUCGGGAACAUGGAUGAGAAAUCCAACAAGCUGCUGCUGGCUUUGGUGAUGCUCUUCCUAUUUGCGGUGAUCGUCCUCCAGUACGUGUGCCCCGGCACAGAAUGCCAGCUCCUCCGCCUGCAGGCGUUCAGUUCCCCGGUGCCGGACCCGUAUCGCUCGGAGGAUGAGAGCUCCGCCAGGUUCGUGCCCCGCUACAAUUUCAGCCGCGGCGACCUCUUGCGCAAGGUAGACUUCGACAUCAAGGGCGAUGACUUGAUCGUGUUCCUGCACAUCCAGAAGACCGGGGGCACCACUUUCGGCCGCCACCUGGUGCGCAACAUCCAGCUCGAGCAGCCCUGCGAGUGCCGCGUGGGGCAGAAGAAAUGCACUUGCCACCGGCCGGGUAAGCGGGAGACCUGGCUCUUCUCCAGGUUCUCCACGGGCUGGAGCUGCGGGCUGCACGCCGACUGGACUGAGCUCACCAGCUGCGUGCCCGCGGUGGUGGAUGGCAAGCGCGACGCCAGGCUGAGACCGACCAGGUGGAGGAUUUUUCAGAUUCUAGAUGCAGCAAGUAAGGAUAGACGAGGUUCUGCAAACACUAACCCAGACGUCAACUCUCCAUCAUCUGCAAAGGCCCGGAACGCAUCUAAGAGUGGGAAGAACUUCCACUACAUCACUAUCCUCCGAGACCCUGUGUCCCGCUACUUGAGUGAGUGGAGGCAUGUCCAGAGAGGGGCGACAUGGAAAGCAUCCCUGCACGUGUGUGAUGGAAGGCCCCCAACAUCUGAAGAGCUGCCCAGCUGCUACACUGGCGAUGACUGGUCUGGCUGCCCACUCAAAGAGUUCAUGGACUGCCCUUAUAAUCUAGCCAACAACCGCCAAGUGCGCAUGCUCUCAGACUUGACUCUGGUAGGCUGCUACAACCUGUCUGUCAUGCCGGAAAAGCAAAGAAACAAAGUCCUGCUGGAAAGUGCCAAGUCAAAUCUGAAGCACAUGGCAUUCUUUGGCCUCACUGAAUUUCAGCGGAAGACCCAGUAUCUGUUUGAGAAGACCUUCAACAUGAACUUCAUUUCGCCCUUUACCCAGUAUAAUACCACUAGGGCCUCUAGUGUAGAGAUCAAUGAGGAAAUCCAGAAGCGCAUUGAAGGACUGAAUUUUCUGGAUAUGGAAUUGUACAGCUAUGCCAAAGAUCUCUUUUUGCAAAGGUAUCAGUUUAUGAGGCAGAAAGAGCAUCAGGAAGCCAGGCGGAAGCGUCAGGAACAACGCAAAUUUCUGAAGGGUAGGUUCCUUCAGACCCAUUUUCAGAGCCACAGUCAAGGUCAGAGCCAGAAUCCAAGUCAGAAUCUGAGUCAGAACCCAAAUCUGAAUGCGAUUCAGAAUCUGACUCAGAACCUGAUGCACAAUCUGAUUCAGAAUCUGACUCAGAGUUCGAGUCAGAAUUUGAGCCAGAAGGAGACCCGGGAUAGCCAGAGGCAGAAACCAGGGCAGGGGCGCAAUGAGAGCAGCCACGCCAGCAACGGUACCCAUGACUACAUAGGCAGUGUAGAGAAAUGGCGUUAGUUGACUCAGAAAGGCUUGUGCACACUUCCCCCAAAGCGCCACCAAAUAGAUGGCAGAUCCUAAAAGAUCAAAGUGUCCAAACACACCCUGCUUCCUUAACUUGGGAAGAUUAAAAAAAAAAGUUUAGAUGUUGCCUUUACAGUUGCCUUUCAAUUAAAUGUUAUACUGUGCAUGGGUAAAACAAAUCUCAGUAUGUAAUUAAAUUGUCUUUUUUGGGAUUGGUCUAUUUAUGAAAGCCAAACCAGACUCACCAGAAAUUGCUGUUUAGAUAUUUUAAGAAGUUCUUAAAUUAGUUAUGGAGACAAAAUGAAAACAUCAAAUGCAACCAUUUAACUUAUGGCUAAGAAAUGGACUUUAAAUGAUUCAUGAUACACUGUUAAAACCCAAUCUUAGAAGCAAACAUUUUUUUUCCCCAAGAAUAAGCAUAAGUAUAAGCAAACUGACUGAAGUGAAACACAAAACCUUUCAUUUUGUUCUGAUUUUAACAAGGAAUCUAUUGAAGUAGAAUAACAACUGAUGAUAAAUUUCACCAAAAAUGUAGAAAAUGAAAAAUUCUUCUCCCCAACAUGGGUGGUUUUAUAUCAAAAUUCUGGCUUUUCAAGAACAGGAUUCCUAUCUUGUAAUUCAAGGGAUGUUUAAAAUUUUAAACUUUUUAUACCUUCUACUGUUUAAAGGUUUUAAACAGGGUGUGUCUCAUAUCAAACAGAAUACUUUUGUUUCCAAAUGGAAUACCAAUGUGAAGAUCUAAUUUCCAGAUGCUUCCCUGGCACUGUAAUCUCAACAGCUCUGGAAUCUUUUUGGCGCUGCUUCUCAUUAUUUUAAGGCUUCUCCAAGUUGUGCUCAUUCCAGACUAACUCAUGUAUAGACUCUUUCUUCAUCAUCUAAAUGGUGUGUUUCUGAAUUUAUUGUGGUAUAUAAUAAUCCUGCAUUUAAGGUCAGGACUUUCUUUCUAUAAACAUGUCUUAUCAAUGUUUGUGUAGUGAGGUCCUUAUCAAGAGACUCUUGAGCAGGAUAAUGUGUCUAAAAAUAUUGCUGAAGUUAUUCUUGAUCAGAUAUAACUGAACCUGAAUGUGAACCGUUCUCUACUUUUUGUAUACCUGUAUUGUAAUGGUUCUGGUUGAGCUGGCUAUUUCUAGCCCAUUAGUUCUUUUUCAAUGUGGACACAUGUAUAAACAAUUGCAAGAGCAAAAGCUGAUAAAUGGUAGAAUGAACAUUGGGAUAGCCGGAGUUACUCAAUGAUACCAAAAGCUACCCCCUGAUACUUUGGGUGAAUCCUUCUACCAGGUUUUUGUUUAAGAAAGAACACCAGGAAAAAGUGUCCUGACAUGAAGUUAAGUAUCAGAAACAUGUGAGUUGAGAAGAGUGAUUUGGUAAUGUAAGUCCAUGCAAAAAUAAUACUUCUAUGGUAUCCAUUGCAAAUUGAGCAAUGUAGAAAGAAGAAUGGAACCCACUGUGCUGUCAAGCACAUGUCAUGAUUCUGGGCAGUUUCUGUUUUACGGGUUUUGCUCCAUUUUGUAAGGACAUAUACUAACCUCCUGGCUAUCAAUCAAAUAAGGUGAUUGGAGCUGGCAUUUAUAUUUGUAGUAGGGACAUGCUUAGAAGUGUGACCAUGAAGUCACAUCUUGUCCCAUCUGCUCAUGUGUAUGAUCGAGUUUCAUCUGUAAUAAUAUGGCCACAAACUAGACAAGCAGUUAAGUAUUUGGUUUUAAAGUGUGUUUUCUUGACUCUGAGCUUGUAUUAUGAUUUCUACCUUUUGUUUUGGCAAACAGUAUCACAGUCCUGGGAAUUUUGAGACCUAAAUCCUGCAAGGAAGUUCUUUUCAAAAACACACACCUUGACAUGUCAGAGUGUUUUAGAGUGAAGCUAUUUUGUGUACACUGUGUUUUUAAAAUAUUCUGUCGAGCACUUUGGUAUUUUCAAUUCUGUUUUAGUUUUAAUUGAAGAUGGCUGUUCUUCAAACCGACAGGUAGUGCUGCAAAGCAGGACAAAGCCCAAGCCAGUGGAAGAGCUUGUUAUAGAAAAACCAUUUUGUGUUAUUGCUGUGGUGUGCAUGGUUUGCAGAGAUAAAGUACAUUUUUCUCUGUCUAUACUGAUUAUUGUAUAUAGGGGAUGAUAUAAAUAUACAUUUUUGUCAUCGUCAUGUAAAUCACAUGAUUUCAACUGUAAACUUCUGUCCAAUGGUGUAGCUUUACAAACCAUUCACUGAUUUUUGUGUAAUUUAACAAUAGAUAUGAAAUAAAGUUUA